AUGUCAGGCGACACACACCACUGCUCCUUCGUCCUGCUUGCCGACUUCGAUAUUGAUCGCGGUGCGCAGCUCACUUACCAGUUCCCGCAGCCAUUGGGAACCGAUGAAGGCCUCCUUGCGAACCUGAUGUUGCCAGACGGCGCCGAGAAGCAGCCGGAAGACUGGACGAUCUUUUUUCUCAACCAGACGCCAUUCAACACCAUCGCACCCGUGCUCGCGCUCGAAACGCCAGACGGUCGAAGCGCAUCGAGCGUAGACGUCGACGCGGAUGACGCGGAGGAUGCACAACCUGAGCUGCUGUACGUGUUGAACCUGGUGCGGACGAAGCUGGAUAAGACGGCGCGUAGAGGCGCGGUGGUGAAGGCUAUGGCUAUAUGCACUCGGCAUUCCUUCAUUCAAGUAUUCAAGCCUGUUCUAUUGAUGGCGCUGGAUGAUUACUUUGCUAACCCAUCCCAAGACUGCCUCGCACGCCUAUUCGACGCCAUCAACACCAUGGACAUUUCCCUUGCUCCGGUCCUCACCCGGCACGAGAAGAUGAUCAUGCGCACUUCCGAGCGCAAGGACGUCUUCAUCGAGAAGUUCGACGACUAUCUACAGGAAGUACUCGGCGACCCGGGCACCGCGACGCAGCAGACAAUGCCCAACGCGAUUUUGGGUCAUCGCACGAGCCCGUCCAUUGACUCGCAGACGAGCUCGGAUUUGGAGUCAUUGACACGUAGCGAGAAGCCCGAACGGACACGCAGCGUGCGGAGGUCGGAGAGCGUGCGGGGGGUCGGCCAGACGCGGAGCCAGCCCUCUCCAUCCGAGGCGUCUUUCUCCCUGGACGGCAGCGCGGUCUGGGUAAACAGCGAAAGCGGGGCCGACCAGUCCGGCACCAGUACUAGCAAUAGCGCUCCUAACGGAAGUCACGUCCGUAGCAGGCCGUCCAUUGAGACGUCAUCUUCUUCAUCCCACGGCCCGAGUGGGAGACGAGAGGAGCCCCUGGCAGCGCCAAAUCCUGCCAACAUUGCCAUAUCCCUACUCAAAGACUCACACUUCUUCCCUGCUAUGGUCGACUUUAACGACCAUCAUCUGCCGAUCAAGAUACCCCUCUCUACCUUCCCCGAAGAAGUCGGCGAUUACUCCCUCAUACAGCUUGUCCAGACAUUCUCUGCAUCAACAGCGAGCCUCAGCGGCCCGCUUCACCCACAUCUGCACACAAACGGAUCUCUCACACCUCCCAUCGUUGUCCUUUUUAAUGCGUUGGUUACGGCGAAGCGGAUCAUCUUCUUGGGACACCAUAGACCUGCCGGACAAGUGUCAAGCUAUGUCCUCUCUGCUUGCGCACUAGGGUCUGGCUGCGGCCUCGUCCUGCGAGGUUUCAUCAAACGUGCAUUCCCGUAUGCCAAUUUGACCAAUCGUGAGGAGUGGGAAUCUAUUCCGGGCUAUAUUGCUGGGGUGACCAAUCCCAUCUUCGAAGCGUCCGGAUCUUGGGACCUUCUCUGUGACGUUGGUUCGGGACGCAUGGUCGUGUCUAAGGAUAUUCACAUCACCUAUCCCGCCAAUCCCGUGCUCGCGCAAAGCCAGCUAAUCAUCCGCACAGGGACUGUACGUGCGGAGGGUUCUGUUGGCACCGACGAAGAACCCAUCCGUCCGAGUCGGGAUGGUGGUCCUCUGCCGAGGGCGGAUCAUCCGAGCAGGGCAGACAGCCCAGACAACCUCUUCAUGGAAGAUAUACUGUCAGCGAUAUCAUCUCACUACGGGGAGGCGCAUGUCCGCGCUCGCUUCGCUGAGUACGCGAUGCGUUUCGUACGGCUCGCAGCGCGAUACGAGGAAGAUACGAUGGGUUCGACCGUGAUCGGCUUUCCUAGUUCCACCUACUCGGAGCAUCCGGGCGAGCCCCCACGCUUGGGCGGUGGCAUUGGCUUCGUUGACGAGAUCACCUGCUCGCGAGAGCUUGCUUUCAACGCGAGUAGGAUUGAGGCUUGGCGAAGGACAGAGAGUUACACGCUGUACCAGCUUGACUUCCGGAAGAUGUUGGCCACGGAUCCCAUCGAGGGCUUCGACGUGAUUCAUCAGUUAUGGCGCCUUCGCCAUGCGAAGAGGAUGCCUGACGGGGAGGCGGAGCUCAUUAUGUCUACGCUUGCUGACAAUGUCCGGACAUACGACCAAAUUACGCAGCUGCUGUCGGUAAUGCCACCCCAUCACAACGGCUUGCUGCCUCUUAGCUUCGGCCUCUUCCACCAGCAAGAGACCGUGCGAGAUUUAACGAUCAAUAUCUUCAACCAGCUGCGCGUAUAUCCGAUUGGUGUCCAGUUCCUGCAAGCGCUCAAUCCCUUCCAGCGCUAUGCCUAUGUCAGACAGGCUCAUGCAAGAGAGGCUCGUCUCAACAAGGAGCACAACUCGCUGGCUAUCCCACCCGCCUCCCAUAUAUCGCGCACGCCCUCUCACCGGAGUGAUUCAAGCGUCGUAAUGGCAUAG